UAUUGCGCAAGUUUUUUCUCAUUAUAUUUGCAUUACAUUAACGCGUCGACGCCGGAAAUAAAUGCUCGCACGAGUAUUUUUCGAUUGCCUAGUUGGCGUAAUUCAAGGUAAUUUCGGUAAUGAUGUUACUAUUACGCGAUCGACUAAUAAUUACAUUUAAAGAGAUCGAUAUUACAUUAAAUCACGUGUGUUUCGAGCGGCACUUUGAAGGGCACGUAACUAUGUAACAUCCGAUUCGCAAUACGCAUAUACACGCGGCUAUCGCAUUAAUUAUCAUUUUUAUAUCCAUUUGUUCGGAAUUUCCAAUAAUAUCGAGUGGUUUUAUUACGAGUCUGUUAAAUGGGAAAGAAAGAGAGAAAGAGAGAGAAAGAAUUUGGAUUCAAAUUGAACCAUUUAAAUCACAAGCAAAAUUGUACACAAUCAUUACGUACACAUAUUUUAUUUGUUUCAACUCGUCAACUCAAAUUUACGUAAAUAUAAAUUACGUGAUAAUUUGUAGACGGUGAAAAGAAACACAUUCGUUUGCAGACAAUCCUUCCUAUAAUAAUUUUUAUUUUUAUGUCCCGUAUUAGUAUACAAAAUAGACUAACGGAAUAUUUUCGUUAGAAAUUAACACAGAUAUAAUUAUCAUUUAUAGCGGCAGCAAAAUAAUGUAAAAAGAACUCGCUAACUGACACCGAAAAUGCCAUUAUCCGCUCUCAAUUAUUAAUAGGAUAAGAUACUCAUAUUUGUGAUUUACUUGCGAAAUAUUUAUUGCGUAGACAAACGCUUCAAUGCAAAAUAAUUUUAACGUAAAAUUAACAAAAUUGUUAAUGAAAUAACUAGUUCAACUGAAUCGUUUCUUUGCGCAAUGUUACUCGUAAUUUUAAUUGACAACGAUAUUUUACGACCGUCUGAACCGCAUCGAAUUAACUCGCCAAUUAUUUACGGAACGUUGAAAUUAACACAACAAUGGUUCUGACGUUCAUUAAAUAUCGUUGUAAUGAAAACAUAGCGUUGAUAAUUUUUGAAAAUGCGUUCCGUGAGUCUCAGAAUUCUGAGGCUUUAAUCCACUCUCUCGACAGGGCAGCUGCGACAUGUUCGGCAGUCACGCAAAUAACGACAGUUCAGUUUAAAUUACUAAUAGCGUGAUUAUUUAGCAAGUCGGUCCCCUAUGUCUUGAGGCUGCACUUUUACGAAUAUGUUUAAAUUCCAACACCGUUAAGCUAAAGGAAUCUAGAAAGAAAUACUUGCUUAAAAAAAAAAAAGAAUUUCUCUCUUAUUUUUUAUGUAACGCAAGACCACAUUUCUCGAGCGACCCCGGUAACCACGCUGUCGUUUAUUAAUUAUUAAUCUGAUUGCAUGGGUGCUCAACCGCUGCCGGACGUGACGCGGCUUUCCGUAGUUUCGCGAGCGAGGGGUGGAUUAAGACUGCGCUCCCGCCAUUGCGCGAUCACGGGAGCGAUAACGGAACACUAAUAAUCUCUGACAAAAACAGGAUACAGGUUGCCGGCCAUGCCGUGGAGCUGGCUAGGAGCGGCGGCGCCAUCGGCGGCUACAGCUGCAGCGGUCGCCGCGGCCGCGGUGACCCCAUCGCCUGCAGCUGCACCGCUCGUCCUUGCACCCAGGGCGGCGGCGAGACGGAGUGUUUACUACGACCCCUUCCUUGCGGCUCACGCAGCGACGCAGGAUCCCAACUACAGGUUGCAGCUGGAAUGGCCUCAAGCAACAGCUGACGCCGCUGCAGCGGCAGCCGCAGCAUCACCGUUGUUGAAGACACCACUAUCAACGGCACAGCAAGCUACCUACGCAGCUGCAGCAACCUACACGGCGGUGGCUGCGCGCGCAUACGGCGCAGCUGCAGCUGCGGCACAACCGGUCGCAGGAUAUGCCGCAGUCGCGGGCUACGGGCGUGAAUACGCCGAUCCCUACCUCGGACAUGGCAUCGGACCUGUGGCGGGUUACGGGGCAACAGUAUACAGAGGUGGCUACAACAGGUUCACGCCAUACUAAAUGGAUCGUUGAUAGCAGAGCGCGAGAGCCUUCCAAGUUAUACUCAGCAGAACAUGACCAGACACAAGUCGACACAAUCAUCACCGUCAUUUUUUGCCAUCAUCGAGAUCACCCACGAGACGACGAGCCUGAACCCACGCAUGCUGAUUCGCCGGUUUUACUCCCAACUUUGCGACUCAUGAAGACACGAAACCGUUCUCGACACCCUCGACACCGAAAUCGCCCGAAAUCGGAACGUAACUGCUGUUAACAUAAACUAGCGAAACACCGUCAAAUCUUCAAAUAGUACCUUCGAAAAUAUAUGAACGGCGACUGAAGUGGGCGAGAAAAAUCGAUCUGUAAACGUAGCGGCAGCGUUGAGGUCGGCGCAUCCGAAGUGUCGAGUCGUGUUCGGCCGGAAGUCGCUUCUAAGUCGCCUCUAAGUCGCUCCCCUGCCAGCAGCUAUUCGCAGGGGAGAGACUUUCUACCUGACUCCGUUUCCAUCCGAUCAAUCGGUCUGAGCAAAUUGAACUGAAUUUCGAAUAUUGAAAUUGAAAUAAAAUUAAUGGCAAUGGCUUCUCGCACUUUCGAAUUUUAUUGCACAAAAUAAUUUCCGAUAACACCAUCACAUUUUUCUAUAUUUGCCACAUAUUCUUGACGACACAUUUGAUAUGAUUCCAAGCGUUUUAAUCUUGCGAAAAGUUUCACGAGUCACUAAAUUAAAUAUAACAUAAUAUAGUAGUAACGUUAUAUUUCUUUCUCUCUCUGUUGUUAAUAAUUUUUAUAAAACGCAUUAAUGUGUUGUGAUAUUACGUCUGAUAUGAUACAUGAUUCAUGCACGUUUGCCCAUUUACCGAAAUACUUGUAAUAUAGCUGUACAUUUGUAAUUAUUUCCGCUUAAGUCAACGUUGCACAUUACAAUUUGCAUUCAUAGUGUCUAAAUUAGCUGAUAGAUGUUAAUAAUUUGAGGAGGCUGCUGAAUCGAAGAAGCCCUAAACAUUUCGCACAAAUAUUAUAGGACAAUUUUACGCACAUUUAUUUGGAUGAUGGAAUUAAGAUGAGCAAACGCGCGAUUACUACUGAGUGAAUAUCCACCACAAAAUGACACGUAAUAUUUUGCUAUAGUACAAGAUGUAACUUCUCUCUGCUAUGGCAGCGAGGCAUUGACGAUUUCAGUCGACACGAAUCGACACGAGGUGAUCCGAGAAAGCGAGGUCUUUAGGUAGCUAGUUAAAAAGAAAAAAGAAAAAAAACGACCUAGAAAGAAAUAAAGGCAUCCACGUGACCGGUAGGGUUUCUAUGCCAAAUAUGUGUGUGUAUGCGCUUUUGCGCGCGCGUGUGUGUGUGCGUAGGUUUACGAACCAAAACUCUGUUCUCAGUAAACAUAGAAAAGUAGCAAAGAACGGAAGAAGACAUGGACAAGAAACAGACCUCUGAAACAGUAUGCCGGAUUCUAAUUACGCAGGGUCUAAUCAAAUUGAUUCUUGCACUGCGAUUGACGCACUUUUGAUCUUCAUUUACCUUCGAAAAAUUCGAUCAGCGUCUCGACCCUGAAUUUUCAUUUUGCACGCUCCAUUCACUGACAUUUAAGCUAAAUUAAAAGUAUUUCCAAACGCAAUUGGCAAAAUUUCAAACUAUUUCAGUCUAAUUGUCUUUAUGACUUUGCCGAGACAUCAAAUAUCGAUACAUUUUGUAUUUAAUAACAAUUUUUAAAGGAUCUAUUUUGUAGAAAUUUAUUUCAAUUUUAAUUCUAUGAAACUUGAAUUUGAGACCCGCAUAUUUAAUUCCAUAAAAUUAUUAAUAGUUUGAAAAAUUCCGCGCAGCAAUUUAUCACAUCUUUUUACGCAUGUAACCAUAAAUAGAGCGGCGAGUUAUGUAUUGGAGCAGAAUACGGUCAUAUUGUCUCAUCAACGCCUCUUCCCUCUUUUCUCUGAGAAGAAUCCGACAUUGAGUUCGUCACCGCGAUCCCCCCGUGCCCCCUCUUUCUCCAGUGUGUACCACUUAUUUAUUUAGUUAAGCGACUGAACAGACAUGACAAUUUCUUUUUUUUUUUACUAUAAUAAACGUUAAGCAGAGUCCACCUCGUAAUCGCUAAGCGCAGAAUCUUGACGCCAAUGAACAAGAAUGUAGUAAUAGUACGUAAACGAAGUUGUAGAAUGCGUCUCUUGGCGUGAUUGAUCUUGUAAGGCGCAUCGCAAACGCACGAGGCUCUGCCCGUUAUGCUAAGUCGGGACCGCUAUUAACCGGCAAUAAGCAAUAUUGUGCGAACAACUCUUUAGCGCAAACGUUGCAUACUCAGCAGGUCGUUUCGGUUCCUCGAUGUCGAAGUGACGCGCGCGCGUGCCUGUAAAACGAACUCGUCUUCUCGUCACAAAGGAUGAUUAGGUUCAGCUAAAUGCCGAUCCAAUUGUAACGAAAUACAUCGAGUAAUCGGAAACGCCGAUACGGAUAGAUACUUUCUAUUAAGUAACGUUUCCUUUUUCGUCCUUUUUAGUUGCGAAGUACGAUCGACUUUGUGUAUCUUGAUAUUAAAAUAUAAUUUUUGUAUUUACAUUUAAGGUUUUAUGGAAAUUCUUUGCUGAACGCACAUGACUUUUUAUAUAAAUAUAUUUUUCAUUCUUGGAUCAUUAGUUUAUUUGUAGAUGGUUGUUCUUACAAUAAAUCGCCGUCAAUUUCGGUUUCUAUUCAGAUCGGCGUUCUCGGUCACUAGAUUUUUUUUCUUGUGACACUGCUUCCUGAUAUACCGGUGCGCUCUAUACAGAAAGUAAACGAUGCUCUCUUUGAGAGUAAAAAGGAAAAAAUGGUACGCACACUGAGUCGAAUGAGUGAUAUAUCUGUUAAAUUAAUAGUUAAGCGAGGAUUUAUCGUAUAUAUUAUACGUAAAAGGAUAAGAUAUGUUGCGCCACGAUACGUUGCGUACGACAGGAAUAAGGAGACCGUGUAUGCGAACUGAUGCGACUGAAGUGCGGAGAGUAAACAGUAGAAAGAAGACAGGAGGGAAGAGCAAGAAUAUAAGAAGUGUGAAAUAGCCAAAUAUGACAAAGAUGUUUUAGAAAGUACGGCAGGUAGUUUGGCCGUCGUUACGUUUUAAUCUAAUCUUCAACUAGGAUUAGGCUAAGCUCUAGGACCUCGGGAGCGCUCGAGGCAGGACGACAAUUCUCUUUUUUUUCUCUCGCGAACGUCGUGUACAUGUACAUAGAUCAACAUAGAUUUUUCGAGCACAAAGAUCGUGGAGGAGCGUGCCGAGGAAACGCACUAAUUUAGAAAGUACUCUAAACAAGCAAGCAGAAGAAACCACUCAGACAUACUCAUGAUUCUCGUAACGUUAAAUUAAUGAACGUAGACUAAUUAACUGAUUGCGCAGUAAAUACGUAAAACUAGGACGGAUUUUGUCGCGGGACGUGAUGUACUCGUCGUACGUGAAUGACGUGACGGUUGUAGAGUCGUGCGAAACGUGCGUUUGGAGGAAAAAAAAAGAAAUCGAACGAAUACGUUUGGAAAUAGAGAUUUUUCGCAGACGCACUUACCGCGAGUGAGAGCAAGCACACGAGAAAGAUUCUGCGAGGUUUAUCUCCCUGUAUAUUGUACACUGUAAUUACAAUUUAUACUUACUCGUAAUCGAGACCUUUAUCGAUAGGCUAUUACUAUUAGUGGCUAGCGUAAUAAGUCAAGCUCAAAUUAGCAAGACGGGAGAGCCGCGCGAGACACUUUUUUCCCCCCGCGAUUUUUCGUCGCGUCCCAUCUUCGUCACGAAUGCACAACUUCCUUUCCUCGAUUCUCCCUUUCUUUAUGCGCGUUACCGUUGCGAGCAGGCCUAUCGUACAAGAUGUUCAUAGAAUCUAGAGGCUAGAUCAGCUCUCUCUUUCUCCCCCUCCCGCCUCCUCCCUCCCUCACAUCUCUCUGGUGUUCUUCGUUCCUCCUUUUCGACAAUGAAAGAAUGUCUCGUUCAUGAAUUUUAUUUCUUAAUUAAACUAAUUUGCUUUCUAUUGGAAAAUAGGAAUUGUAAGAGAAUUAAUGGGAAAUUCUUUCGGCUGUUAAAAACGUUAUCUACAAAGAACGCGACAUAUCUAGAUGAUAAUAUAAUUUACGAGAAAGUUUAACGACUUCUGCCAAAUUUCCGCACGUUUACGUAUCUCCAUGUCCCGAAAAUUCCUCUCUACCGUCACUUUAGUCUUCGAUCUUCGUCGAGCGUACCUUCCUUUCCGGAUUAAAGAGCUCGUUUCUGCAAACCGAUUCAUAUUUUAAAUAAUUCAUGAAAGAGAUUCAUGACAUCUUUUAAAAUACGGAUUAGAACGAAGUGCAAAGAGGAUCUCUUCUAUCCUGAUAAAUUAGCGCCGGAUGGCAAACGAGGGUCUCGAGCCUGAAUUUACAACUCUAUAGACGAUUGAUUUUUACCCUCGAUGAUGAGACCCAGAGCUAGUGGAAUCGCGCAAUGUAACAUAACUCAAUGAUACGCACCGUACAUUAUACGUAUAAUUAAUUAAUGAUAAAUACCGUAAAGGGAUUUUUAAAUGAAUCUAGAUGAAUACAUGACUACAUAAUGACACAUCUUACAAGCAACAUAUCCUAGGUAUUUGAGCAGGACGCUGCCGGGGGAUCUCCCUCUUGUCGUACGAUUGUAGGAUCGACACGAGAAUGAACGUAUAAUUUGAUCGACGUGUGUCCUAAAGCGAAAACUGUCUCGAGCGGACACGGCAGCGUCGUGCUAUUCUUUUCGAAUUAUUGCAAGAAAAAUUAAUGAAGGAUGUUCCAUGACAUUAGGACGUUAUUAUUAAUGAUAUUUCUAGUAACGCGUGCGUGUAAAGUUUAAUGUAUCUAUAUAUGAGACAUGAUGCGUGCGUGUGUAACGUGUGCUGUGUGUGCGUGCGUGCGUGACGGAUGAGCGAGAAACUCGUACCCCUUCUCCACAAAUUGGUGAAAUCAAGAGCACGAAAUUAAUCGUUAUUACAAGGUAGCCCGAAAACAAAAUAACAAAUGAAGGAAAAAUGCCCAGUGACAUUUGGAUCGCUGAGAAAACUGAAACAGCUAAAAUUGCCACCUGUUUUUUCCGCUUCUCUCACAGAUGUAAAAAAAAAAGAAAUCCACAAAGAGAAACGCCGUUGAUAUCUCUGUGUCUCCUUGCGGAUUUCCUCCUCGUACCGCGCAUAAAUGAUUUGUGAGGGCCGAGAGUUUAGCGCAAUAGCGAGCUCGCAAGAGAAAUUAAUGGAAAUCGGUAAAAGAAUAAAAAAAGAAAAGAGGUAUAAGAGAGCAGGAAUAUAUGGUCAACUCGAUGAACUUUAUUUGCGAAAUAUUGAUAGGAAUAUAAGGUGUGACACGUGACACCUUUAUCAUUGUCUGAUUUGAUGAUAUUUUGUAAGUCUGGACCAGUUGUUAGGUUCUUAUUAAUCCCAUAGCGACUUCUUAUGGCGUAUUUUCUCUGUAUAUUGUCAAUGUUUAUUAUUAAAUAUUUUUCAAAUAAAA